AUGGCCCCUCUGGCUCAGAUCCUGGCACUGCUGGCAAUGGCCAUGGCCACCAUGACUGUCGACGUGAUUCCCCUGGACAUGGCCCCGGACUCCUUUGAUGACCAGUACCAGGGCUGUGGCCCUGCCAUGAAGGUGGCAUUGCCGGCCCUCAACCGCUCUGAGUUCCAGCAGAAUGAGGAGUUUGCUGUGGUUUGGGUAAAGGCUGCAGCCAAGUGGCAGAGUCGGGGGCCCCCUGAGUCCCCUCUGUCCGCAGACCAGGCCACCGCCAUCAUGGCCUUCACAAUGACUGACCCCAGAACAUUUAAUGAUGUCGUGCAUGUGGUUGGGCGCUCCAGGCAGGAAUACCGGGACAACUUCCGCUUAAAAACACUGCAUUUCCUGCUGACCGAUGCCCUGGCCACGCUGAGGGACGCUCAGAAAGGGCAGUGUCGGGAAGCGUUCCUGAAGGUGUGUGACACCCGGUUCGAGACACAGCCAGGUGAAACCAUCCGGUUUGGUCAUUUCAUGCCGGUGUUCCCGAGCAAACAAAUUGGUGAGUGCCCUGGCGAGACAAUGCUAGAGCUGCACACAUGCCAUGGCGUGGAAAUCCAGUUUUUCAGUGAACAUCCAGAACCUGAAAUCGUGCUGAUCCCACCCUUUGAGACCUUCAAAGUCACACAAUACACCCAGAAAGGGGACAAGACACAGAUCCAGCUCCAGUCCACCGGGACCUACAGCAAAUACAACUGCGAGUGGCUGCGAGGUAACACUACAGGGGACAACCUGGGGGAAUGGGGAUAG